AGACCACUUCCGGGUCAUCACUCACGCGUAAGUCCUGUGGAUUCAAACUGAACGGGCAUCGUCUUUGAACAUUACCAGUGUGACUGACAACCUGCACAGGCGAGUGGAACCUGUCAAAGGCCCGAUGCGCGCUGGCAUUAGACGAACCGUUAACAUUAGCAUAAAUACAGUCAGUUAGCUGGUGAAAAUAUGCUCUCAAAGCUCCACAGGCGGAUGAUAAAGUCUCCUCUCGCGGAACUGGUAUUUUUCGGUUCAACAGAAACAGUUAACGUUAACUCUUAAUGUUUUGCUUCUAGUGAGAUUAGUUGCUCGGUUAAGGCCCAGCAGACCCGUUAACGGUAAUUCAUUAGUUUAUUUUAGGUUUCACUCAUGAGUCACUUAGUAGACUUCUCUAGCGCCUCGCCAUGCAGUCUCACUGUGUCAGAAGCGUCCUGUGCACAUUGAAACGCCCACCACGCCGAGAAACACGGGCUCUGCAGCCUCCCAGCAGACACCGCGGCACGUCGUCGGGUGACGAUCCGCAUGGGGUCGGCAGGUUUAUGCAGCUGUGUGUGGACAGACACUACGUCUCACCCGGUCACACCAACACCGAGCUGUUCCAACGUGGCGUGAGCUGCGUCUACGGGCCUCUGGGCGUGGAGCUGCGGAGAAACCUACUGGAGCAGUGGUGGCGGUCGGUGACCCGGUCCUCGGCUCAGGUGUUUGGGAUCAACACGCUGUGCAGAAGCAGGGACACGGCAACGGGUGGCAGGGGCCAACUGGGGAUUGUUGAGUCUGGCUGCCUAAAACACUUAAUCGAAAAGCACGAACUGAGCAAGGAGCAGCUCAUCCAGGAGUUAGAGAAGCUCAUCCAGAGGUCCACCUCUCUGAGGACAGACUUUCUACAAGGGGCGUUGGAGCAGUUUGUCCCCUCGUUGGAUCUGGUGAACAGGAAGCUGCCCUUUGGCCUGGCCGAGUUUGGUCCAUGUUUCCGGCCCUCAGACGGCUCUGAUGGCCCAGCUGAAGUCACCCAGACGUCACUGGCAUGGUUCUGCUCUCCUCGUACCUCUUCCCAGUGGCUGGAUCACUGGGCGCAACAGAGACUGAAGUGGUGGAGGAAACCCGUGUCUGUCCAGUUUGCCCUGUCUCCAUCGGACUUCAGCAGUAUUGACGUCCCAGCGGAGGAACUCGAGGAGGCGACGUCUCGCGGCGUGAGGAUCGUAUACAGCUUCCCAUGGGGACGGGAGCCCCUGGAGACGCUGUGGAGCAGAGGACACACGGAGCUGCUGCAGACACACAAAGGAGUCCAUUCCAAAUUGCAGUGUCGAGAUGGUCGUAAGUCGGUUCCUCAUGUCGUCUCGGUGACCGGGAACAUGGACCGGGGCGUGAUGGCCUUUCUGUGCAACUCACUCCAGCAGCUCAAGAAAGAAGACGGCAUGCAGAAGCUGCUGAGGAGAAAGGUCCUGAAGCUGCAUCCUGUGUUGGCUCCGGUCAAAGUGGCUUUAGACAUUGGCAGGGGAGCCAAUAUGGAGCUGAGGCAGGUCUGUGAAAGGGCUGCGAGCAGGAGUUCAUGGAGGCUUAGAUCUUCUGCGUGGCCUGGCGUAUCUCGGAAACAGUGCCAACGUCAAUGGAGCAGCUGAACGCAAAGUAUGAUGAGAUGGGAGUGCUGUUCGCUGUGGUGGUCAGUGAGAACACGCUGGAGAGCGGCCUCCUUCAAGUACGCAGCAGAGACACCACCAUCAGGGAAACCAAGCACAUCUCUGAGAUCAAGAACUUUCUCUCCAGAUACAUUUCUGCUGCCGACAACUUGUGAAUGGACCUUCUGUUUUGGCAACUAAAAGGGAAAGCCUAUAUAUUGCGGUCCAUAUUUUGCAUCCCUUACUUGUGAGGAUCAUGUCUUCACAGCAUGGCAUUUAAUGGAACUGAGUCUUUUCCAGAAUCCCCUUUGACUCAUUGUGACUUACCUUGAUUGGGUAUUUCGGAAAUUUGUGGGAAUUUUGAACUUCAUUUUUAAAAGGCUAAGAAACCAUUUUGUGACAUUUGAAAAGAAUAUGUGCAAAUUUUGCUCAAUGUUUAUCUGGACUCAACCAUGGGGUAUGUACCUCCAGUUUUUAAUUGGGUGCGACUUGGAGUGUCCCACUCACCCUACAGUCUCCCUCACUACUUCCAAGCCAAAGAGGUGGUUAAGUGCACACUUCACUGUCAGAAUUGAAUUGAGUGGUAUUUACGUAUUUAGAGGAGGAUUGAAAUCGUGUUCUAUCAGGUUUCUGUCUGACAUUCUAUUAUACAGUGUCUCUUAAAUAUUAUAUUUUUUGUUGGUCGGUUUGUUAUGGUCUAUGUGGCUCCCUAUAAGGUGUCGUAUUUUAGUUGAUUAUCAAUGUGCCACGUGAGAAUUAAUGUUCCUUUUGUGGGUCAAAGAUCAUUCUUGACUGCUUCAAGGUCCAUUUAUUAGCGGUUUAUGAGCUUUCAAUCAAACUACAUGAUGUUCAUCCUAUUUCACGUAUAAAUACAUAUUUAAACUGUA